CUUUGGAGCAUUGUUUAUCAUAACACCCUGUUUCAUCAGGGGGAAAGCACAAUGCUUCAUGGUAAUAUUGAUCUAGAAUAAUUGUUGACGCAGGAUAGGAGACAGGUGAACAAGAACCAGGAGAUUUCUGAAGGAAGAAUCACCGAAGGACUAUGUACUGCAACGAUUGGAAUGAAAUCAAAAAGGCUUGGGUUACAUGAAACCAUUGGAUGUCACCUCAGACCAACAAGUCAAAAACUCCAUAGGCCAACUGAAAAGCAAGAUUAUGUUCUAAAUGUACUGGUGGGGGUGAAGGGGAGUUGCAAUUUUGGUCUACCACAUCUGGGAAGAGUAAGUAAGGAGACUUCAGAUUGUAUAAUCCUGACCAUCUUCAAGAAGGGAGAUAUCCUGUUAUGAUAUCUGCAGAAGGUUCCCAUACUGUCUGCCGCAAGGAAAGGUUGGUGCAGAGUCUUUGACCAGUGGCCAAAGAGCUGUUUUUUGAAUCAGUGGAUUCUGUCAUCUGUGGGCAGUUGUAUAGAGUCUACAUUAUGCAUUCUUUAUAAGAGAAAGGCAAUAAGUAACAUCAGCCAUUAAGUAUUGACAUUUUAAUUUGUCUGAUGCAAAAAUAUGACAAUUUCUUCUCAAAUUUAGUUGCCUAGAUAAAUGUUUCAUCUGCUGCAAGCCUUUCUCUCAACCAGUGAAUUCACACAGAUUCAGAAUGGAUGUAGCCUUGUUUGGCACCAGUUUGUACGUCACCCCAUAUGCUAUCCUGAUCUUCAUCUUGUCUCCAACAUGUGCUCUGGUCAGAAGACUUGUCUCCAUUUGCAUGGCACGUUUCCAUACUUUUAUGUUCCAUAUGAUGGCUGUGGACAACAACCAGAACGGCAUCUUCGUCAGUUGGCUUUCAGUAUCGACCGAGCACUGAAUGUGUCUUUGGGCAAUCCUUCUUCUAGUGUCCAGCAUGUAUUCAGGGUGUCACUUGUAUCUGGGAUGUCUUUUUAUGGUUUCCAUGAGAAAGAAAUGCAGUUCAUGAAGAUUUACCUGUACAACCCCUUGAUGGUUAAAAGAGUCUGUGAGUUGUUGCAAGGAGGCGCUGUUAUGAAUAAAUCCUACCAGCCAUAUGAAGCUCAUUUACCCUAUCUCCUGCAACUCUUCAUUGACCAUAAUCUGUAUGGAAUGAAUUUUAUUCAACUUGCUGCAGUCAAAUUCAGAAGAACUAGAAGGAAAAAUGACCAACUUGGCGAAGGCUGUUCUGAAAAUCCCAGUUUGGAAUUGUGUGAUGCAGGUAGCAGAGAAAAUGGAAAUACAUCAAAAAGUCCCUUAUCCACCAAAUCUAAAGGAACUCCACAAAUGGAGAAAUCCAUUAGUUUCUCUUCUGUGCGGUGGGAGGAAGAGGACAUACCAAGUUCUUUAGUACUAGUGGAUAUUGAUCGACAGAGCACCUGUGAGCUUGAAGUGGAUGCAGUUGCAGCUGACGUACUAAAUCGCAUUGAAAUUGAAGCUCGGGUUGGUAGAAACCCUGGUUUGCAGGCCAUAUGGGACGAUGAAAAACAACGACGUCGCGAAAACAACAUGCCCUCACAAAUUGAAUCAAUUAGUUCACCUGAUCGUGGAUCUGUUCAAGUAACAGAGAGUGAAAGGCUCUUUCAACACAGAAUAAAGGAGAUUCUGCAACAGAAUAACUAUUCUGUAUUUUUGUCCCAGUCUGUGGAAAGUGAAUUUGAAGAACUUCCUUCAAAUUUGACCUUGCACGUGGAUGCAUCAUCACCUGAAGCCAUUUCCUGUACACCUGCCAAUCUGGUUGAGAUACAUAAUGAUAAGCAAGGAGUGAACCGAGGAGAUGCAGAGACUGAAGAAGCGAUAGUUGAUGAAGAAACUAUUCUAAAUAUAAUGGAUAACAGUCAGACGUUCCAUCCUUCAUCACAACCAAUUCUCAAUGCCAGUAAGGACCAGGCCAUGGUUCAUCUGUUAGCUGGAUUGGAGGAAGAUGAGUAUGGCAUGGCAAGGACCCAAUUUGUGCCUGGUAGAUCUCAGCAACGAUCUGCAGGAAACCACAGCUACCAGCAAAACAGUGAUGAUGAAGAAAAUGAACCUGAAGUUCAGAAAGAAGAGUUGGAACUUAGUUUACUAAUGUCUCAGCGAUGGGAUGGUGAUCUUCUAGAUCCUGUUAGGAAAAUGAGAUUUUCAGAAAAGAAUACAAGUGACUGCUCUUCAGAGGAAGAUAAUGCGUUCUCUGAUGGUCAGAUAGGAAAUGGGGACAUGAUGGCUAAUCUUUCUAUUCCUCAGCUUGAUGGGGCUGCUGAUGAGAACACUGAUAAUACUUUAGGCGAAAAUGGUUCAAGAACUCAUUCAACAUUAGCAGUUCGAGACAAAGUGCUGACCAAACCAACUUUUCACAAAGAGCCUGCAAUAAUAGAGCUGCCAUCAUCUGAUCAUGUUGGACUACAGUGCAAUCGUGCAGGUACCACACUUCAUACACUUGAUGGUUUGAACUCUAUGGAAUUACCUUCAUACCAAAAUACCUUUAUGAAAGCAAAGAAACCUGAGCACUCUGUUUCCAACUUUUCUAAUGAGGCCAGUUAUGAUUUAAAACACAGUGGAUGUAAUGAAGACAAUGUGAAAUUUGUGGACCCUGGCGUGGUAGCUAGAUCUCCAGAUACCACCUGUGAAAGCAAACAUAUUAGCAGUGACUAUGAAAAUCAGCUAACAGCUCAAACUGAUAGGCUUCAGAGAGUAAAACGAUUUCUAAGUAUUAACUGUGAAAAGAAUUUGCAAUUUACACACCGGAGAAGCCCAACCAGUGAAGCUGAAUUUCACUGCAAUUCAAAUCUCAGUUCCUUAGUGGGAAGGAUGGCUAAUAAAGUUCCUCUUGCAUUCAAUAAAAAAGAAAACAGCAUGUAUGAUAAACCUUUGAUUCCCCUAAUAGGUGUAAAAAACGGGGUUCAGCUUUUCGAAGAACACAAAACCACCUCAGUGGAUGCUGGAAAUAACAUUGAACAAAACCUCAAAAUCAGAUAUGAAGACUUUCAAGCAACCCAAAGGGAGAAAACAGUCAUUGAUCAACAUGAGGCACAAUACACAUUUUUUCCUAGUGUGGUGCUUCCCAAUUGUCUGAAGUGCCCAGAAAAAGUCUUCAAGUCUCCUAAAGUUCAGAAACAAGAUGACCAUAAGUUAAAACACAAAUUAAGUAGAAAGAAAUCGAAUGGUGCACAGGUGACAAGAAAGUCUGCAGUUACAAAGAUAAAUGCUCAAUCCACUGAAUUUUCUUGUGACAGUGGGUUAUUGCAAAAUAAAGUGCCACUGGAUCACAGUUCUGUUCCAUCUUUAGGUAAUGGGCUACCAAUAUCAUCCCAAAACUUUAACAUGACAAGAUCUUCAGAAAAUGGCCUGGAGGGUCAAUCAUUUCGACUAGCAUGCAGUAAAUAUACACUCCGAACUAAACGGAAAGUAAGCUAUGAUGCUGAAGACAAUGAACUGAUCCAAGGCGCAGAAAUUUUGAAGGCAAGUCCAAUUCAGCUGGAAUGUUCAAGAAUCAGUGAUACUGCAGCAGAUCGAUCCCAGCGGUCACGUAAAAGGAGGAGGCUUAAUAAGAAGGAGCCUCCUGUGAUAAUAAAAUAUAUUAUUAUUAACCGAUUUAAAGGUAGAAAAAAUAUGUUGGUUAAGAUAGGGAAAGUGGAUGCAAGUAAAGACCAUGUUGUGCUCGAUGAUGAUAAACUGCAGAAGUAUGAGAAGCUUUCACCGUUAAAAGACUGGUGGCCUAAGAUUACUGACCCCCCUGUUGUUAGCAAACCUUUUACAGCACCUACACCAAAGAGAGGAAAGAAACCAAAAGUUCAAGCGAGUUUAAAAAAAAGAGCUGGAAGAUUCAAAAAAUUACAAAAAAAAGAAAAACUGAGACCCACGAGCCAAAGUCAAGUAAAAACGAGGAAGAUAGAAUUUGCACCCCUCUCUCCUCCUUCACCUUGCUAUAGUGCUGAGGCCGAUGACUGUUUAACAGAAUAUAAAGAUGUAAUGUCUAAACUUGGCUUCAUGUCAGAGAGAAUGCCAAGUCCUACUAAACCAUCACCACCUCGAUGUUGGUCCCCAAGUGAAAUGCAAGAGGAUGGAAUGCUAACCUUUGCUUCAGUAGAAGAUGACAUACUUGUAAGAGACUGUGAUCCAUGUGCUUUAAGGAAUUCUGAUGAGAAAAGGCUAGUGCAAAGUAAUAGAAAUAAUGACAAAAAGCAAAGUUUAAAACCUAGGAAAAAGUCACCCUCCAAUGCUAACUAUGUAGCAGCUAAAAAGACAAGAGUAUCACAGAAAUCUAGGCAGGUUGUUGUAAAUGAUGAAAAAGAAGAACAGAAAGGUAAACAUCGGAAAAAAACUAGAAAAAGAUGGACACGGAAACAGAAAAGUAAAUUUCCAAAUUUCAGUGAAAAACCAGCAACCUCUCAAAGUUUGGAAGUGCAUGAGCAAAAAGGAAGCUGUGAACUUGUUAAUGGUGAACUGACUACUUCUUCUAAAGAGAAAGUCAGAAACGGGUUUUGUAGAGAUUUUGAAAAUGAACUUGUUACGGAAUCUGAAACUGCUUGCAAGAAUGAUGAGCAACCUAGUGUUCCUCUUAGCCUCUGUUCAACAGGGCAGCUUCCUUCAACACAGCCCUAUUCUGAAGAAAUUCAAGGGGAAUCUGGGGGUUACUAUUGCUCUUUGCUGGAAACUGAUGAAAAUCCAGAUCUACCUGCGUUUACUUAUCCACCAGUUGAACAAGUCUCAGAUACACUAUCUCAAUUAGCAACAUCUUCUCAGUCCCAGUUACAUUUCAGCCUUAGUCAAACAAGUCCAUCAUGUACACACACUGAUUCUAUUUGUAUGUUGGAUAACAAAACUCCAAUGAAAGAAAAUUUCAGGUUAUCAAUGGACGCGAACCUUGCAUCACAGGCAGGACUUGCCCUUUCUCAAAACGAGCAUUGCUUUGAUCAUUUAACAGCAGUUUCUGCAGGUCCAUGUUCUUCACAGCCUGUGCAGUAUUCUCAUUUGCCAGUUCAAUCUGCUGAAGACAUGUGCAGACUACAGAGAAACAAUUUAUCCCAACAAAUGUCACAGGUUAUUAGCCAUGUGCAAACUGGUAAUCAACAAGGUUCUCAUCUUAAAGAAGCUCAAAGUGGAGAGAACUCGCACUUGUAUGAACCUGAGCAAAAUUCAACAUUACCCCAAUCAGAGCUUGUUCCUGAUGGCAAAGCAAACCACUCAUCUCAACAGUUCCAGCAAUCGAAACUCUAUCAGCAGUCAAAACCUACUCUACCUUUGCCUGAGAGAAAUCAACAUUCCACAUUUUCACCUGUGAAUGAUGCUACAAGCCUACCUGCCAGAGUUUCUCUGUUAGGAAGUGGAAAGGAUGGUCAUUGUCUUAACUUUACUCCAGGCAGCCACAAUAGAUUGUCAAAAAAAGUUUUUGAAAGGGAGCAAGAAACGAACAACAUUUUGGAUAUAUCUGAUUUCACCCCUCCUCGAAUAAAGCAGAAGGCGGUGUCGGAAACUUUUUUGGAGACUGAUCUCAUGCCCCAAUCUCAAAAAUCUGACCAAAGAGUAGUAACAGAUAAUCAGACUUCGAUAAGUAAUGGUCAGUCUAGUCUCACUGUGUUGAGAGAGAUGCUGCAGAAAAGGCAACAAAAAGCACAACAAUUGGAUGCUCGAAGUCCUCUUCCAAAACCACAGUUUCAAAGAAAUAUUUCUCAUGCAAAUGAACAAAAUGAAUUCAAUAAAGGUUCUGCUGAUGCAGACAUCUCUGGUAGUACCGCUUUUGCUCAUUCAAAAUCUCCAAAAGAUGCUUUCUCCAAAAAAACAAAAAAUUCUCGAAGUGCCAAGCAUGUACAGAAGAAAACCAAAACCACAAAAAAGGAUUUGACUAAGAAAUCUCAGGCUUCUCAAUCCAAAUGUCCUUUUUCCGAUGACAGCCCUGUUUUCCAUUCAGAUGCCGGCUUUGAUAGCUGUUAUAGUUUUGAUAAUUUAUCUCCUGAACUUCCCCAGUCAUACAAUUUUGAUAUCAAUACCGUUGGACAAACUAGAUACUGUACUAUAUAUUCUGGAUGCCAAUUCAUGCCGGCAGCUGAGCAAAAUCUGCCUCAAAAGUUUCUGAGUGAUGUUAUUCAGGAGUCUGUUCCUGCCCAGACAAUAAUAGAGACCUGUAUGUACAAAUCUCAGAAUAGUAAACCCCAACACCUCGAGCAGGUAGCUCGGUCCACAGACAGUACGGAGUGGGCUCGGCCUGACUCAAUAAGCCCUGAUCUUUUUGAGAAGUCCUCUUUAGACAAUGGAGAAAAGUUGAAAGAAUUGAAUAAUAAUUCUAAUGUGCCAGUUCAGAAUGCACUAUCAGCCUCUCCUGAGUCAUCAGGUACGCAUUUAUCUGGAGUAUCAAUAAUGGAGCUCAAAGACCAAUCACCUAUUCAAUGUCUUGACUCUGUAGAAAAUGAAUCUUCCUGUAGUCCUAUAGUGUCAUCCAGCAGCCAGAUAAUGCUAUUGGAUGAGGGAAGUGGAAGAGAGUGUGACAAAUCUGAGGUCUGUCUUUCUGGCCUUUCUACUGGUUCAAGUCCUAAUGGAGCGAUGGGAUUUAUUGGUGAUGACAUUGUACCGAUGAGCUGUGAAGAUCCAGAGCUCUGUGUUUCCAAAUACAGCAAUGAUUCCCCAGUGACAUCUCAUGGUUCUUCAGCAUCUGUCAGUUCGCCGUUACAAACCAAAAGUUAUGUCAACCGUACAACAGGUGCCCAUGUUUUAAAGCCUUUAAUGUCACCACCAAGUCGAGAGGAAAUAGUGGCAACUCUGCUUGAUCAUAACCUGGCAGAAACUGUCUACCAGGAGCCAUUCUGCAGUGAUCCUUCAGAUGCUCCAGAAAAACCCUGGGAGAUUGGAGGCCGAAUUUUGACAGUUGAAACCAGGUUACCCAAUGAAUUGCCAGAGUUUGAUGGUGAUUUUUCACUGGAAGGCCUGCAGUUCUGGAAGAUGGCUUUAUCAGCAAUGACACAAAAUGCUAGGCCUGGCUCUCCUGCCUUUACUGGAAGUAGGCAGUCUGCUGCUCAGGUAGCAGGCAUUGCCUCAGGAACUUCUGAAGACUGUAAGAUUAUAAUACUACCAUGCAAAAACCCUCCUAGUUUACAAAGGGUGCAGUUGUGGCUUCAGGCAAAACGCGAGUAUGACCAUUCAAAGAAAUGUUCAAAAAGUCAGGGUGCUGUAACCGAGAAUGCCAACCAGGAUCAGUGCUUGCAGCCUUCACAAGCUGAUCAAGCUUCCACAUCUGAAAAGGUGGCUACUGCAUUCUCUUCAAUUACAGUUGAAGAACAAGCAGCAGAGCAGACUUGUGAAAACAACCCCUCUCCUGAACCACCACUCCUGAGAACACCGGAGCAGAAGCAGAGGUCUCCAAGCCAUGUAUCUAAAGUGGCUGAGCUAUUUGAAGAUGAGGAUGAUUACUACCGUGCAUAUAGUUCUCCUGAUUCACCACUGAUAUCUCCAUGGCAGCAACCAGCUUCCCCCAAUACAAGACAGUGGGAGCCAAAUGAAGGCAAGGAUGUAGCUGAUGCAUCACUAGACAUCAACAGGGAGACUACAGAUGAUUUUCCAUCACCGACCCAGAGCAGUAUAUCUCCAAGUACUGGACAGAGUGAUGAACAGCUAAUGGAAAACUCCCCCCUUCAGCCUAAAAGAGAAGCUGCUCAGAGUUCUCUUUCUGUUCUACAUAGCACACCCUUGAUACACAGAAAUAAAAAGGAUGGAAUUCCGGAAGUACUUUACUGUACUCCUAUACAAAUGGAGCCCAGACAGCAGAAGAUAAUUCAAAGAAGGGCCAGUAAUUCUGACACCUUGAGAAAAGUGCUGCUAACAACUCAACUUAAGAAUCAGUUUGCUGCUCAGUCUGAUAAGAAAAGUGUGUCCCAGAUAGAAGGACCAACUUUAAACAACUCUUAUGGCUUCAAAGUCAGCCAACAAAAUCUACAGGACGCAAAAGCUUUGCAUGAGGUGCAGUACCUGGUACUCAUGAGCAUGGAGUUGCAUGCUCGCACAAGACGUGAUUUAGAACCUGACCCGGAAUUUGAUCCCAUCUGUGCCUUAUUCUACUGUAUUUCUUCCGAUGCAGUGCUUCCAGAAACAAAUAAGACUGAGAUCAUUGGUGCUAUAGUAAUUGAUAAAAAUCAUGUCAGCACUCAUAGAGAACUCAGGACCCAGGCCCCACUGCUUGUUAGAUCUGGUGUCACAGGUCUUCAAAUCUCUUAUGUGAAUGAUGAGAAGGAGUUGUUUCAGGAGCUGGUGCAUAACAUCAGAAGGUAUGACCCUGAUAUUUUGCUGGGAUAUGAAGUUCAGAUGCAUUCAUGGAGCUACCUUUUUCAGCGAGCUGCUGCCCUGGAGGUUGAACUCUGUCAGAUGGUCUCCCGAGUUCCAGAUGAAAAUAAAGAAAAUCGAUUUGCUCCAGAAAGGGAUGAGUUUGGUGCAACUGCCAUGUCUGAGAUAAAUAUUGUGGGACGGAUCGUUUUGAAUGUUUGGAGAAUGAUGAGAAGUGAGGUUACUCUCAACAAUUAUACUUUUGAAAAUGUUGCCUUUCAUGUUCUUCAUCAGCGUUUUCCGCUUUUUUCUUUCCGUGUCCUCUCUGACUGGUUUGAUAAUAAGACAGAUGUAUACAGAUGGAAGAUGAUUGAUCACUAUAUUUGCCGUGUGCGUGGAAACCUAAAGUUACUGGAGCAGUUGGAUAUGAUUGGAAGAACAAGCGAAUUGGCGCGUCUCUUUGGCAUCUUAUUCUACCACGUGCUGACGAGAGGUUCACAGUAUCGUGUGGAGUCGAUGAUGUUGCGUUUUGCCAAACCAAUGAACUAUAUUGCUAUAACUCCCAGCGUCCAGCAGCGAUCUCGUAUGAGAGCUCCUCAGUGCAUUCCUCUUGUGAUGGAACCUGAAUCUCGCUUCUACAGCAACUCAGUCCUGGUUUUGGAUUUCCAGUCCCUGUACCCCUCGAUCAUCAUAGCUUACAACUAUUGUUAUUCCACAUGCCUAGGCAACAUUGACUACCUUGGGAAAGAAGAAGAGUUUAAAUUUGGCUGCACUUUCCAAAGAGUGCCUCCGGAAUUACUUCACCAGCUCUGGAACGAUAUCACCAUAUCACCAAAUGGGGUGGCCUUUGUUAAACCCUCUGUGCGAAAAGGAGUGUUACCGAACAUGUUGGAUGAGAUACUGAAGACCAGGAUAAUGGUGAAGCAGACCAUGAAAGGCAACAAGAAAGACAAAGCUCUCACAAAAUUGCUUCAUGCUCGACAGAUGGGUCUGAAGCUCAUUGCCAACUUUACUUAUGGUUACACAGCUGCUAGCUUUUCUGGAAGAAUGCCAUGUGUCGAGAUCGGUGACAGCAUUGUUCUCAAGGCCAGAGAAACUCUUGAACGUGCUAUAAAGUUGGUUAAUGAGACAAAGAAGUGGGGAGCUCGUGUUGUAUAUGGAGAUACAGACAGCAUGUUUGUGCUAUUGAAAGGAGCCACCAAAGAGCAAGCCUUUCGGAUUGGAGAAGAAAUUGCUGAUGCCGUGACUGCCACCAAUCCAAAGCCCGUGAAACUGAAAUUUGAAAAGGUUUACCUUCCAUGUGUCUUACAAUCUAAGAAGAGGUAUGUUGGUUAUAUGUACGAGAGUUUAGACCAGAAGGAUCCUGUGUUUGAUGCCAAGGGAAUAGAAACUGUGCGACGGGACUCCUGUUCUGCUGUGUCCAAGGUUUUAGAGCGCUCAAUAAAGCUACUGUUUGAAACAAGAGAUAUCAGCCAGAUCAAGCAGUAUGUUCAGAGGCAGUGCACAAAGGUUUUGGAAGGGAAGGCCAGCAUGCAGGAUCUGACUUUCGCCAAAGAGUAUCGGGGCAGUUCUGCAUACCGCCCCGGAGCAUGUGUCCCUGCUCUAGAACUCACCAGGAGGAUGCUGACAUAUGAUCGCCGAUCUGAACCCAGAGUAGGCGAAAGGGUCCCUUAUGUGAUUAUAUAUGGAAUGCCAGGCUUGCCUCUCAUCCAGCUUGUCAGACGACCAAUUGAGGUGCUGCAGGAUCCCAGCUUGAGGCUAAAUGCUACCUACUACAUCACCAAACAGAUUCUGCCACCACUCAACAGAGUUUUCUCUCUGAUCGGUGUGGAUGUUUUCAGCUGGUACCAUGAGCUACCCAGGGUACAAAAGGUGCUUUCAGCAGUACGGAGUGAACCAGAUGCUCGUAAAGGAACCAUCUCACAGUAUUUCACCACCCUGCACUGCCCAGUCUGUGAUCAGCUGACACAACUGGGCAUCUGCAGCAAGUGCCGAAGCAACCCUCAGCAAGUAUCUGUGAUCCUUCAUCAGGAGAUUCGGGAAUGGGAAUGGAAACAGGCUCAACUGCUGAAGAUUUGCAGGAAUUGCACAGGCUGUGUUGACAAACAGGUUCAAUGCAUUUCGCUGGAUUGCCCAGUUCUGUACAAGCUCUUCAGCGUUAGCCGUGACCUCAUUAAAGCCCCUUAUCUUCGUCAAUUGUUGGACCAGUUUUAACAACUCUAAUCCACUUUGAAGCAUGAGUGAAUGCUUCUCUCUCGUCUACAUUUUCUUGUGUACUGUUGAUCAUGGUGAGCUAAGACUCCAAGAUCUGACCAGUUUUGAGUGUGAAUGUUACAGUAUUGCAACAAAGGGUCAAUCAAGUAAUCAUUUCACUUGUUAAGAGUUUAUUUCCACUGUAAUGGAUGAUUAAACAGCCCUGUAAAUAAAUGUACAGUAAUUUCAUAUCCAGUUAUGUUAAAUGGAAUUCAGAUCUACAAAUAAUUUACAAACUGUGGUGCAAAUUUCCAGCUGCAUAUGUUUACAAAUGAUUUUUUUACAAUAUAUUGGUCUGUGUUGUAUGUUUUGAAAGCUGUUUUCAAUUCUAUAUUUUUGUUUAUUUUUUGAUAGUUGCUUUAUAGCGUGUGCACCGUAGUAAACUUGCAGUACAAAAUGUAGCAGUUUGUUAAAAGCAAGGUCAUGUUGAUGUUUCUGGGUGCUUUGCUACAAAAACAAUCAUGGCUAGACAGGAUAUUGGAAACAGUGCGAUGUGGGGUUGUUGCAAUAUUUUAAUUAUUUAUUUGGAUUAUAUUAUGGCACUUGAUAUCUUUUUAAAAAUUUAUAUUGUUUUCAGAGAAAAGUUUUAACAUUUUCUUUCUGUGAAGUUUAAUUUGCCAAAAUUUGUAUAAAUAAGGCACUUUUCCUGAUAGUUGUAAAGCUGCAUUGAAAUAUAAAGGAACUCUAUGAUCCUGUUAAUUUUGCAUUUCUGAUUUGUUAUACUCCACUACUAAUAAUCCUGAACCCUGGAUUUUUUAUCUGCUUUUUGUUUAAUACUGUUAAUUUAGAAAUCAGAUUAUUAAAAGUUCACCUUGUUUAAAAUACUAAGUGUUCUGUAGAAUGCAAUCCUAUAAUCUCUUAAAUAGCAAAGGAUAGGGUUCAAGGCAAGUAUAUAGUUGAAAGAUACAGUGGCAUGCAAAAGUUUGGACGCCCCUGGUCAAAAUUUCUGUUACUGUGAAUAGUUAAGUGAGGUAGAAGAUGAAUUGAUCUCCAAAAGUCAUAAAGUUAAAGAUGAAGCAUUCUUUUUAACAUUUUAAGCAAGAUUAGUGUGUUAUUUUUGUUUUGUACAAUUUUAGAGUGGGGAAAAAAAGGAAAGGAGCACCAUGCAAAAGUUUAGGCACCCCAGGAGAUUUGAGCGCUCAGAUAACUUUUACCAAGAUCUCGGACCUUAAUUAGCUUGUUAGGGCUAUGACUUGUUCACAAUCGUCGUUAGGAAAGGCCAGGUGAUGCAAAUUUCAAAGCUUUAUAAAUACCCUGACUCCUCAAACCUUGUCCCAGCAAUCAGCAGCCAUAGGCUCCUCUAAGUAGCUGCUUAGCACUCUGAAAAUUAAAAUAAAUUAUGCCCACAAAGCAGAAGGAGGCUAUAAGAAGAUAGCAAAGCGUUUUCAGGUAGCCAUUUUCUCAGUUUGUAAUGUAAUUAAGAAAUGGCAGUUAACAGGAACGAUGGAGGUCAAGUUGAGGUCUGAAAGACCAAGAAAACUUUCCGAGAGAACUGCUUGUAGGAUUGCUAGAAAGGCAAAUCAAAACUCCCAUUUGACUGCAAAAGACCUUCAGGAAGAUUUAGCAGACUCUGGAGUGGUGGUGCACUGUUCUACUGUGCAGCGACACCUGCACAAAUAUGACCUUCAUGGAAGAGUCAUCAGAAGAAAACCUUUCCUGCGUCCUCACCACAAAAUUCAGCGUCAGAUGUUUGCAAAGGACCAUCUAAACAAGCCUGAUGCAUUUUGGAAACAAGUCCUGAGGACUGAUGAAGUUAAAAUACAACUUCUUGGCCGCAAUGAGCAAAGGUAUGUUUGAAGAAAAAAGGGUGCAGAAUUUCAUGAAAAGAACACCUCUCCAACUGUUAAGCACAGGGGUGGAUCGAUCAUGCUUUGGGCUUGUGUUGCAGCCAGUGGCAUGGGGAACAUUUCACUGGUAGAGGGAAGAAUGAAUUCAAUUAAAUACCAGCAAAUUCCGGAAGCAAACAUCACACCGUCUGUAAAAAAAAAGCUGACAAUGAAAAGUGGAUGGCUUCUACAACAGGAUGAUGAUCCUAAAGACACCCCAAAAUCCACAAUGGACUACCUCAAGAGGCACAAGCUGAAGGGUUUGCCAUGGCCCUCACAGUCCUCCGACCUAAACAUCAUCGAAAAUCUGUGGCUAGACCUCAAAAGAACAGUGCAUGCAAGACGGGCCCAAGAAUCUCACAGAACUGGAAGCCUUUUGCAAGGAAGAAUGGGUGAAAAUCCCCCAAACAAGAAUUGAAAGACUCUUAGCUGGCUACAGAAAGUGUUUACAAGCUGUGAUACUUGCCAAAGGGAUUGUUACUAAGUACUGCCAUGCAGGGUGCCCAAACUUUUGCUUUGGGCCCUUUCCCUUUUUUGUUAUUUUGAGACUGUAAAAGCUGGAAAUUGAAAAUUAAUCUUGCUUAAGAUAUUAAAGAAAUGUCAUUUUUAUCUUUAUGCCUUUUGGAAAUCAGGUCAUCUUCUACUCGCUUAGCUAUUCACAGUAGCAGAAAUUUUGACCAGAGGUGCCCAAACUUUUGCAUACCACUGUGCUUGACCUAACAAAUCCAAUCUUGUUUCAGUUGCACUCUCUCUAAACAUUUUGGCAUGCAUCCAAAAAUCUAGAAUAAAAAUGCAUGGCUAAUUUCAAGGCUGAAUAAUUUGAAGUGAAAUUGCAAUCAACUUCAUACAUGUGUCACAACCAAUUUUUUUAAAAUUAGCGCUCUCUAUAUGCGGUAGAGAGAAUUUUGGGCUUUCACCUCAGUCAAGGGAAGUGGAAUAAGUGUGCAGAAGGUGCCACUGGAACAACUCCAGUUGCAAGAGACUAUCCAUAUACUUGUGGUGCCAGAAAUUAAGCAGUGGAGAUAGAUCAAGUUUACAUUAGUUCCACAGUAUUUCACUACUAUUUUAAAUGAAGUUUUUCCUUUCAGGUUGUAAUUUUGUACACGUGCCUCCACAAUAUUUUAAGUAGAAUCUGUUAAUGCAGGAAUAAAUACUGCCAGGGUACUGGACUCCAUUUGUGAGAAGACUUCCUUGGGUAGCUCCACUGCAGACUGUCUCCACUUAUCUCUCAACUGAAAGACACAACCAUGUAGUAUACACAGUAAAGCAACCUAAACUUAAGUUUGAACAUCUGGACUAGGACUUCUCUCAAUACUAGUAACUGAGCCACAGUUUCAUUUCCAGCCUUACAACUAAGUAAACAUUGAAAUUCAAAAGCAUACGUUAAAGAACUGAUGCCUUAUUAAACUAUUGAAAGGUGAAUAACAUCUCAUUAGUAAAUAUUCUAAGAAGGCUAUAUACAGUGCUUAUAAGAAGUAUUUCUCUUCCCCCCCCCCCACCCACCAGCCAGAAGCUUUCAUGUUGCAUUGUUCUACAAAUUCGAAUCACAGUGGAUUUAAUUUGGCUUCCUGACACUGAUCAACAGCAAAAGACUUGUGUCAAAGUGAAAACAGGUCUCUACAAAGUGAUCUAAAUUAAUUACAAAUAUAAAACAAUAAUUGAUUGCAUUUUAUUCACCCCCUUCAAGUCAGUAUUUAGUAGAUGCACCUUUGGCAGCUUUUACACCCUUGAGUCUGUGUGGAUAGGUCUCUGCAAUGUUAUCCCCAUUUUUCUUUACAAAAUUGCUCAAGCUCCAUCAGAUUGCAUUUGGACCAUGAGUGAACAGCCCUUUAAGUCCAGCCACAAAUUCUCAAUUGGAUUGAGGUCUGGACUCUGACUUGGCCAGGAUAUUAACUGUUUUUAAGCCGCUCCUGUGGCUUUAUGCUUGGAGUCAUUGUCUUGCCAGAACACAUCUCCCAAGUUGCAGUUCUCUUGCAAACUGCAACAGGUUUUCCUCCAGGAUUUCACUGUAUUUUGCUGCAUUCAUUUUACCCUCCACGUUCACAAGCCUUGCAGGGCCUGCUACAGUGAAGCAAACCGACAGCAUGAUGCAGCCACCACCAGCCAGAGUAGGGAUGGUUUUGAUGUGCAAUGUUUGGCUUUCACCAAACAUAGUGUUUAGUCUGAUGGCCAAAAAGCUGAAUUCUAGUUUCAUCAGACCAUAGAACCUUCUUCCAGUUCAGAACCUUCAACAUGGCAUUCUGGCCAAGAUUUCAUGAGGUUUUUCUCUGGGGGCCCCCCCCCCCCCCCAACAGUGGCUUUCUCUUUGCCACUCUCCCAUAAAGCUGCAACUAGUGAAGCACCCAGGCAACAGUUGUUGUAUGUGUAGUCUCUCCCAUCUCAGCCACUGAGGCCUGUAACUCCUCCACAGGUGGCAUAGGUCUCUUGGCCUCCCUCACUAGUCCCCUUCUUGCACACUCAUUUUUUAAGGAUGGCCUGCUGUAGGCAGAUUUACAUUUCUUGAUGAUUGGCUUAACCGUACUCAUAGGGAUAUUCAGUGGCUUGGAAAUGUUCUUGUAACCAGCUCCUGGCUUGUGCUUUUCAAUAACCUUUUUGCGGAGUUGCUUGGAGUGUUCUUUUGUCUUUGUGGUGUAGUUUUUGCCAGGAUACUGUCUCACUAGUAGUUGAACCUUCCAGAUACAGGUAUAUUUUUACGACAAUUGAAACACCUUGACUACACACAGGUCUCCAAAAACAGGUCUCCAUUUAACUAAUAAUGUGAUUUCUAAAACCAGUUGGCUGCACCAAUGAUGAUUUGGUGUGUCAUAUUAAGUGGGAGGAGGGGUUGAAUAUGCAAUCAGUUAUUGUUUUAUCUUUGUAAUAAUCUAGACCACUUUGUACAGAUGUUUUCUCUUUGACAUGAGAGUCUUUUUCUGUUGAUCUGUCUCAAAAAAGCCACAUUAAAACCACUGUGAUUCAAUGUUGUGAAACAAUAAAACAUGAAAACUCCUAAGAAGCAUGAAUACUACUUAUAGGCACUGUAGAAUUUCAAUGUACUUAUUUGAUUACCUGUGAUACAACACUGAUGCCAUGUAGAACUUCCAAAGCUACAGCUAAGAUAACCAUUACAAAAUGCAGUGUCCUAGCCUGUGCAAGUAAAGUAAAACACAGCAGCAAAAAAUACUAAUAUUCAUCUUAAAACAGCAAGUUCCAAUGAGAUAGUUCUAUAUUCAACAUCUGCUGAAGCAAUAAUUCCCCUUCACCACCACCCAUUCAGCUGUGCCCAUAUUACAGCUCAGAAUAGAAUAAUUUCUUCCAACUAUUUUGAGGCAAAUCUAAUACCAGGUGAGUUCAUCGACAAUCAUCUACAUGUUAAUUGUUGGUGACGCAGUAGUUAGUCUUGUAAAGAAGAUUUUAAAAUGCUAACAGGCACCAGUCCUCCAAGGUUUAGGCAUAUCACAGGGCAAUCAGAACAAAUAGCUGAAAACCAAUACAGCAGAUACUGUAAAAUCAAGCAAAAACUAUUUGAAUUAGGCAACAUCUAUGAAAAGAACCAGUUAAUGUCUCAUGUUAACCCUCUAAGCUUAUGCUGACAGUCUCCAUCUUUAGCUCCAUUUCUGCACAAGCAUUUUCAAAAGCUAUAAAAAAGGCUUUUGGCUGCAUAUGAUAGGACAAAAUUCCAGUCAGUGGGAUGGGUUGUUGUGUAAAAGGUGGCCAAAAUUGUAAAGGUUGACAAAUAACAGGACUGAAGGUGUUAUAUUCAAGGAGGAGGAGGAGUGGCUCUGUCAGUUUAAAAAAAUUAAAUCAAAUCUUUAGUAAGAAUUGAUACAGGAUCAGAAGAUGCAGGGUACUUGUGCGUGGAGUAAGAAACUGCAAGGGUAAGAGGAGCCUGAUGGGAGUUAUUUACAGGCCUCUGAACAGUAGUCCAGAUGUGGUCUACAAACUACAGCAGCAGAUAGUAAAAGCAUAUGAAAGGCAAAGUUACAUUAGUUAUGGGGGGAGGGGUGCAGAAUCACAAUAUGCAGAUAGAUAGGGAAGCUCAAGUUCAUGUUGGACCCCGAGAAAAUUUGUGGAAUACCUCUGAGAUGGCUUUUUGCUGUAGCUUAUGGUUGAGUCCACUAGGGAAUCAGCAAUUCUGGAUUGGGUGUUGAUGUGAUUAGGGACCUUAAAGGAAACUUUAGAAAGUAGUGAUCAUAUAAUAGAAUUCACCUUGCAGUUUAAGAAGAAGCUUAGUCAGAUGUAUGAGUAUCACAGUGGAGUAAAGGGAAUUAUAGAGACAUGGGAGACAGGCAGAGAGAUUUAGGCCAGUUAGAAGAGUGGGCUGAAAGAUGGCAGAUGGAGUUUAAUGCUGGUAAGUGUGAGGUGCUACAUUUUGGUAGGACUAAUCAAGAUAGGACAUACAUGGUAAAUGGUAGGGUAUUGAAGAAUGCAGUAGAACAAAGGGAUCUAGAAAUAAUGAUGCAUAGUUCCCUGAAGGUGGAAUCUCAUGUGGAUAGGGUGGUGAAAAAAGCUUUUGGUACGCUGGCCUUUAUAAAUCAGAGCAUUGAGUAUAGGAGUUGGGAUAUAAUGUUGAAAUUGUACAAGGCAUUGGUGAGGCCAAAUUUGGAGUAUUGUGUACAGUUUUGGUCACCGAAUUAUAGGAAAGAUGUCAACAAAAUAGAGAGAGUACAAAAAAGAUUCACUAGAAUGUUACCUGGGUUUCGUCACUUAAGUUAGAGAAAGGUUGAACAAGUUGGAUCUUUAUUCUUUGGAACAUUGAGGGGGGUAUUUAAAAUUAUGAGGGGGAUAGAUAGAGUUGAUGUGGAUAGGCUUUUCCAUUGAGAGUGGGGGAGAUUCAAACAAGAGAACAUGAGUUGAGAGUUAAAGGGCAAAAGUUUAGGGGUAACAUGAGGGGGAACUUCUUUACUCAGAGAGUGGUAGCUGUGUGGAACGAGCUUCCAGCAGAAGUAGUUGAAGCAGGUUCGAUGUUGUCGUUUAAAGUUAAAUUGGAUAGAUAUACGGACAGGAAAGGAAUGGAGGGUUAUUGGCUGAGUGCAGGUCGGUAGGACUAGGUGAGAGUAAGAGUUCGGCAUAGACUAGAAGGGCCGAGAUGGCCUGUUUCCGUGCUGUAUUUGUUAUACGGUUAUAUUAUAGUUAUAAGCUGGCCAAGAUUGAUCGGAAAAGAACAGUGGCACCAUCUCCCUAAUAAAUGGCAAAAAUACUCAGUUCUGCCCCCAAUACACUUGAACUUCUGGCAUACUACUAGCAUCUUCUGCAGUGAAGACUGAUGCAAAAUACUUAUUCAGUUCAUCGACCAUUCCUUGGGUCUCAAUGGCUGGGGUUUUUUUGGGAGCAAUUCACAAGGUGCAGGAUAGAUACAUCCCAAGGAAGAGGAAGUAUUCUUAAGGCGGUAUGACGCAACCAUGGCUGACAAGGGAAGUCAAAUCCAAUACAAAAGCAAAAGAGGGCAUAUAAUAUAGCAAAAAUUAGUGGGAAGUUCGAGGUUUGGGUUUUUUUGUUAAAACCUUCACAAGGCAAUUUUAAAAAAACAUAAGGGGGGAAAGAUGAAAUAUGAAGGUAAGCCAGCCAAUAUCAAAAAUUAUACCAAAAGUUCUUUUCCAGAUGUAUAAAUAUUGGCGAGAGGAGAUAUUGGACCACUGAAAAAUGGAGAGAUAGUAAUUAGAACCAAGGAAUUGUGGGUGAACUGAAUAAGUAUAUUCAGUAUUGGAGUAUUGAGUAAUUUUGGCCCCCUUAUUUAAGAAGGAAUGUGCUGUCAUGGAGAUGGUUCAGAGGAGACUCAUGAGAAUGAUUCCAGGAAUGAAAGGGUCAUCAUAUGAGCAGAGAUUGAAGGUUCUUGGUUUGUACUCACUGGAAUUUAGAAGAAUGAGGGGGAUCUCAUUGAAACCUACCAAAUGCUGAAUAGUCUGAAUGUGAAAAGGAUGCUUCCUUUGGUGGGGGAGUCUAGGACCAGAGGGCACAGCCUCAAAAUAGGGGGAUAUUCAUUAAGAACAGAGAUGAGGGAUUUUUUAAGCCAGAGUAUAGUGAAUCUGUGGAAUUCAUUGCCAUAGGUGGCUGUGGAGGGCAGGUCAUUGGGAGGUUGAUAGGUUCUUGAUUAGUCAGGGCAUGAAAGUUAUGGGGAGAAGGCAGGAGGAUGGGAUUGAGAAGAAAGUAGUUCAGCUAUGAUGAAAUGGCAGAAUAGACUCGAUGGGUUGAAUGUGAUAACUCUGCUCCUAUGUCUUAAGCACCAAAAGUCCCUUGACUCUAGGGAAACCACAAACUGCUGCAAUUCUGAAAUUAAUUUUAGGGUGUUUAUGAAUUCAUAAUUUUGCUUACUGAUAUGGAAUAUUGACCACAUUUACAGAUUUUUCACAAACGAAUACUUGCAACAGUAAUUCAAUUUGUAAAGUAUUAAGUAUUUGAUAUUUCAUUAAAGUUGAUUAUAUGCUAUUGACUAAUUUUAAGUUUACAGCCUGUAUGAAAACCCACAAGAAAUGGAACGUGGCUUACAGGAGGGUGCUGACAUAAAUCCUCUGGGGUGAAGGCAAUGAACUGUCCUGGGGAAUGACCCAAAUAUUCCUCAAAAUCCCCAAAACUCAGAUAUCACAACUAGAUUAAGCUGCUCACAAAAUACACUGAUAAAACUGAAUUUAACUACAAAUUCAGUUUUUUCCACUGUGGUGCUGGAAUAAGAUAUUACUAUGGGAAAUAUCAGUAAUCAGAAUUCAAAGUGCAAUGAACAAGUAUUCUAAAAUUAAAGUUUAAUUUUAAUCCAAUCAUAUAUAAAAUCAUUAGCUCGUUUUCAAUUAACAUAGAAAAAUAAUUAAUAUUUCAAUCUCCAGCCCAGAAAUUAAGAUCUUUCCCCUUUUCCUUAAAACAUAUGCAACAAAAAUACAGAUAGGGCAACACACACAAAAUGCUGGAGGAAUUCAGCAGGCCAGUCAGCAUCUAUGGAAAGAAAUAAACGGUUGACGUUUCAGGCCAAGACCCCUGGUUCCCCCAGCAUUUUGUGUGUGUUGCCUUGAAUUUCCAGCAUCCACAGAUUUUCUCGUGCUUGUUAAAAUACAGACAGAUUAGUGUAUUAAAACUGUAACUGCAAUACUGCACUGCUUGAAAAAACACAUU